AUGAUUACUGAAAACAGCAAGAAAGCAAAUGUUUAUUCGACUGCCAAUGGGUUUCCUUAUUUACACCAUCCAUACGGUGCAAUGUAUUCCAAACCCAAUGGCUCAUUGUUAUUAAGGGACGCUCAUCUAAUUGAAUCCCUUGCUCAUUUUGAUAGAGAAAGGACACCGGAAAGAGUGGUUCAUGCUAAAGGUGGGGGUUGUAGGUUUGAAUUUGAAUUAACUGAUUCACUAAGUGAUUUGACCAUAGCUGCCCCAUAUCAAGAAGUUGGCUAUAAAUGUCCUGGUAUUGUUAGGUUUUCCACCGUUGGUGGCGAAACAGCUUCGCCAGACACUGCAAGGGAUCCAAGAGGUGUUUCUUGGAAAUUUUAUACCAAAUGGGGUAACCACGAUUGGGUUUUUAAUAAUACUCCUGUUUUCUUUAUUAGAGACCCAAACAAGUUUCCCCACUUUAUUCAUACUCAAAAACGGUUUCCACAAAACAAUUUGGGUCAAAGCUUCGACACCUCUAUGUAUUGGGAUUAUUUGACUCAAAACUUGGAAUCUAUCCAUCAGAUCACCUAUAUGUUUGGUGAUAGAGGUACUCCUGCCUCCUGGGGAGAAAUGAAUUCCUAUUCAGGCCACACCUUUAAAUUUGUUAAUAAAGACGGGAUUUUCACCUAUGUGCAAUAUCACAUUCUUGCAGAUGCUGGAUUCAAGACAUUGAGUAAUGAAGAGGCAGCUAAAUUGGCUGGAGAGAGCCCAGAUUAUAAUCAAGCCUCAUUGUUUACCGACUUGAACAAUGGCAAGCAUCCUACAUAUACUUGUUAUAUUCAAACAAUGACUUCUGAGCAAGCAGCCAACUUUAAAUACUCUAUUAAUGAUCUAACCAAAGUUUGGCCGCAUAAGGAUUUCCCAUUAAGAAGGUUUGGUAAGAUUACUUUGACUGAAAACGUUGGAAACUAUUUUUCAGAAAUUGAACAGGUUGCCUUUUCUCCAAGUAAUACUUGUAUCCCAGGCAUCGAUCCAUCCAACGACCCGGUUUUGCAAUCUAGAUUAUUUUCCUACCAAGAUACACAAAGACAUAGACUAGGUACUAACUAUCAACAAUUGCCGGUCAAUAGGCCUAAUAAUCUAGUUUGUCCAUUUACUGGCAAAUCUUAUGCUGGCGAAUGCCCAUUCAACGCUGUAAAUUUCCAAAAAAAUGGACCCAUGUGUUUUGAUAAUUAUGGUUCUAAUUCGAAUUAUAUUUCCUCAUUUGACAGAAACAUCGAGUUUAUUUCCAACCCAUGUGAUAUUGUUCGGGAAAAAAGUAGUAAUCCUUCACAUUCCCUCUUUGAGGGUAUUGUUUUGGAUGAACAGACUAAAAAACAUGUUGAAGAUGAAAUCUGUGUAAGAUUGAAACAGCAAGCUGUUAUUGAAUCCAAAAUUGAUGAAGUUUUCUAUGUCAGCGGAGUGAGUCAGCUAGAUUUAGAACAACCAAGACGUUUAUACGAAAAAGUUUAUAAUGAAGAAGACAAAAAGACUUUUGUUAAAAAUGUUGUUUCACAUGCCUCCAGAAUCUCCAAAGAAUAUAUUAAAGUAAGAGUUGCUCAAUAUUUUGGGUUAUUAAAUCAAGAUUUAGGUAAAGCUAUAGCUGAAGGUUUGAAUGUUGAGUGGGAACCGAUUACUUUUGGAAAAUAUGUUGAGAGUAUUGGAUUAGUUGAAACUAUUUAG